AUGAAUCCGCUAGACUUGUACAAGGCCAAUAAAUCCAUAUUCUUGCGUUCAAUCGACGACCCCGCUAUCGCGAGGCAGUACACCGAACAUAAGGCGCACACUACGGUCGCACGGUUCUCACCAUCUGGAUUCUACGUCGCUAGCGGUGAUGUAACAGGUUUAGUUCGAGUCUGGGACUGCGUCGGCGAAGGGCAUACGAAGGGAGAAUACAGUAUUGUCAAUGGCAGGAUCAAUGAUCUCGCAUGGGAUGGGGAUUCCCAGCGUAUAAUCGCCGUAGGUGACGGCAAACAACGAUAUGGCCACUGCAUUACUUGGGAUAGCGGAAAUACUGUCGGGGAAAUCUAUGGCCACACCCAGCAGAUUAACUCCGUUUCAAUUAGGCAACAGCGGCCUCUGCGAGCUGCCGCUGCUGGUGAUGACAAGAAUUUAGUCUUCUACCAUGGGGCACCAUUCAAAUUCAAUACGGGCAUCCGUGACAAACACACUAACUAUAUUUAUGGCGUCGGCUUCAGUCCAGAUGGCUCAACAUUGGUUAGCGUUGGUGCUGACCGGAGAAUCUGGCUCUAUGAUGGCAAGACGGGAGAACCAAGGGGCCAGAUUGGGGAAGGCGAGCAUAAGGGUAGUAUUUUCAGUGUUUCAUGGUCCAAGGACUCUCGGAAGUUUGUAACUGCGAGUGCCGACAAAACUGUCAAGGUAUGGGAUGUUGAAGCCGGUAAAGUUUCACAAACAUGGUACAUUGGAGGGGAGGGAAGUACAGAUGUCAAUGACCAGCAGGUCGGCGUGGUUUGGCCCCCGGGAAGAAGUGACAAUCUACUUAUCAGUUUGUCACUAGGUGGCAAUCUGAAUUACCUCGCUGAAGGUACUCCUGAGCCUAGACAAGUCAUCCAAGGCCACCAGAAAAACAUUACCUCCUUGACACAGUCCCACCAUGGUAGCGACAAUGGCACACUGUGGGCUGGCAGUUUCGACGGCAGAGUCUGCAGCUGGGAUGUGCCCACUGGAACUGCGGCGGAGGUGGACGGCGAAAGUCACUCGGCGUACAUCGCAGGCCUUGCGCCGAUGCAGGAAGGCAAUGGUAGAAUCUACAGCGUGGCCUGGGACGACACCAUUAGAUCUAUGGACGUUGGGACUAAAACGUAUACCGGAAGCUCUUCCAAGUUAUCUGGACAACCUAAGGGUAUCGCUGCAGCUGCAGCGGUAUUGGUAGGGACCUCGGAGAGUGUUGAGAUCUACAAAGACGGCCAGAAGAUCGGCGACUUCAAAUCUAAGUUUCCCAUAACUACUGUGGCAGCACAUGGAAACACGGCAGCUAUCGGCGGCGAUGAUUCAACUGUUCAAAUCUGCGAAAUCUCGGGCGCUACUUUGAUUCCUAAGACGGAUAUUAAAGCUUCUCGGAAUCCCGUGUCUGCAUUGGCUUUCUCGCCGAACGGCUCCCUGUUAGCUGUUGGCGAUUCACGUGGUCGCGUUCUUGUUUACAACGUCGCCGAUGCCACUCUAGUUACAGACCGUUGGACGGCACAUACUUCGCGGAUCACUUCCAUUGCAUGGAAUGAAAAUGGUACACACGUUGUGAGCGGAGCAUUGGACACCAAUAUAUUCGUGUGGAACUUGGCCAAUCCCGGAGAAUGGCUCCAAGCUACUAAUGCUCACAAAGAAGGUGUUAACGGUGUAGCUUGGGUGUCGGGGUCGAAGAUUGCUUCGGCUGGUGCAGAUGCAGCAGUCAAGUUGUGGAAAGUAGAAGGUUUGGAAUAG